AUACAAGCAUUUAUGUACUAUUUCAAAGAAAUAAAUAUAACGAGAGGCCUACUUUUCUUUUGUUUGAUUUAAAAUAGUGGCAACAAUCAAAGAAAUCAUCUGAUAACAUUUUCAAAAACAACUUAAGUAGCAUGUCUACAUAUAAAUAUGUAAUGCAGGUAGGGGCUCGGCAUUUAUUUCACACACCCUGAGCUUUUUCUCGCCAGAGUGUCUGUUUUAAAAAAACGAAUUUCCCGCGAAAAACUAAUAAGCGAAACGGAAGGCUGCGUGGGCUCGCAGUACACUCUCUACCAAACUUGACUACAAUGUCCAAACUCAAGGUUUUAUCAGCUGUGUGAAAUACAUUCAAGACGGAGGGCGGGUAAUAUUCACAGCACUUUCGACUUCGGCUGUUUCCCAUAGGGCACAAAGCUUCUGGGCAUACUUGUAUGUUCUUAAUAAGUAAACAGCGGCGAUAUCCUCGUAACGACACGACAGCGGACCGCUUAUCUUUAAGCAUACUUUCUGCCGCCGUGGGUUUUUGUGUUGUAGUCAGCGCUCAGUAUCGCGUGGAAACCAAAUUAACGUUACACAUGAUCCGAUAAGAGUUCACGACGCGCUCGAUUCUACACGCGGAUGAGACGUUGUUGCGUUGUUUCUACGUGUAAACGUACAUUUGUCUUGUCGCGAAUUCCAUCCGGUUUGUAAAGCAAACUGAAAUGCCGGCUCGUUUAUGUUAACUGUUACUUUGUUGAGGGGGCGAACCGGUCUCGGCUGCUCUCCCUUUGUUUGGGCCCAGGACUCGGCUGAAUCCACUGGGGUUCCGUUUCAAACGUAUCAUUUGACCGCGAACGCUAUUUUAGGAUGGCUCCACAAAAGCACGGAUCUGGUGGAAACGGAUUUUAUGCCAACAGCACGAGUAAAGCAGCUAAUGGAGGAGCUCACGUAUCGUCCGGUGUUGUGAUGACUGCAAUCAAACGACCCAAGAUGGAGCAGGUCCAAGCGGACCACGAACUCUUCCUGCAAGCCUUUGAGAAACCAACUCAAAUAUACAGAUUUCUUCGCACAAGGAAUCUCAUAGCACCAAUCUUCCUGCACAGAUCUCUUACAUACAUGUCCCACAGAAACUCAAGAACAAAUUCAAAAAGAAAAUGCUUUAGUGUGAACGACCUGCUGUUCAAAGUAGAGAAGUCGAAAGUGGAUCAGGAGUCUCACAACAUGGCGUCAAACCUGCAGCUCACCUUUACAGGAUUCUUUCAUAAAACUGAGAAGCCAUUGCAGAACUCGGAGAAUGAAGAAAACUCAGUGUCUGUGGAAGUGCUGCUUGUCAAGGUCUGCCACAAGAAGAGAAAGGAUGUUAGUUGUCCAGUAAGGCAAGUGCCUACAGGUAAAAAGCAGGUGCCUCUGAACCCAGACAGCAGUCAGACCAAGCUGGGAGCUUUCCCCACACUCAUGGUGCCCAGCCAUGAGUUUGAACCCAGUAACAGCCACAUGGUGAAGUCCUACUCCCUUCUGUUCAGAGUGUCUCGUCCAGGGGGGAGAGAGCUCAACGGCAUGACCACCAGAGAUACCAAUGUCAUGGAAGAGCUGUCUAACAGGAAGAAGAGAUACUGCUCUAAUCAGGAUGAUGGAGAAACUACAUUUGUGGCGCAAAUGACUGUUUUUGAUAAAAACAGACGCCUCCAGCUUUUGGAUGGCGAGUAUGAAGUCUCCAUGCAGGAGAUGGAGGAGAGUCCUGUAGGCAAGAAAAGGGCAACGUGGGAAACCAUACUAGAUGGAAAGUGGCUUCCACCCUUUGAGACCUUUUCUCAGGGACCCACGCUGCAGUUCACUUUGCGCUGGACCAAUGACAUGGCUGACAGAGGAACGGCACCAGUGGCCAAACCUCUUGCCACACGCAAUUCUGAGUCGAGUACAGUGGACAGUAGCAAGCCUAGCAAUGUAAAGCCUCCACAGGCAGUAGCUGUUAAUGAUUCAGUUGGUGCUGAUCUACCAGUAAGAAGAGAACAAACUCAUGUUGAACCUCGUCAGAAACUACGUGUUUAUUAUCAGUUCCUGUAUAACAAUAACACACGGCAGCAGACGGAGGCCAGAGAUGACCUGCACUGUCCCUGGUGCACGUUGAACUGCCGUAAGCUCUACAGCCUCCUCAAGCACCUCAAACUCUCCCACAGCCGCUUCAUCUUCAACUAUGUGCCUCAUCCUAAAGGAGCCAGGAUAGAUGUGUCGAUUAAUGAAUGCUAUGAUGGCUCUUACGUUGGCAACCCUCAGGACAUCCACUGCCAGCCUGGCUUUGCUUUUAGCCGUAACGGCCCAGUGAAGAGGACUCCCGUUACACACUUCCUUGUCUGCAGGCCCAAGCGCUCAAAGCCCAGUCUCUCUGAGUUCCUGGAGUCGGAGGAUGGAGAACAGGAGCAGCAGCGGACGUACAUCAGCGGCCACAACCGCCUGUACUUCCACAGCGACAGCUGCAUGCCGCUUAGACCACAGGAAAUGGAAGUGGACAGUGAGGACGAGAGGGACCCGGCGUGGCUCAGGGAGAAGACUGUUAUGCAAAUUGAUGAAUUCACGGAUGUCAAUGAGGGAGAGAAAGAGGUGAUGAAACUGUGGAACCUGCACGUAAUGAAACAUGGAUUCAUAGCUGACAACCAAAUGAAUCAGGCCUGCAUGUUGUUUGUGGAACAGCACGGCACCACCAUCAUCAAAAAGAAUCUGUGCCGGAACGUCCUGCUCCAUCUGGUCAGCAUGCACGACUUUGGCUUAGUAAAUACAGUGACCAUAGAUAAGGCCAUGGCUCACCUGAGAGAUCUGAAUCAGCAAAAAGACGGCCAGGAGCAGCCCAAAACGCAAGACAGUGCUGAUGGUGAAGCCAGCGUAUCAAAUGUAGUCAAGACCCAGAAUCACUGAAACCACCUCGUUGUUGCUCUGCGUUGAAUCGAGCGUCAGCGGGCAUCAGCCACCGAGCCACCGUAUUCUGCUCGCUCACAGGGUUAAGCGAGUUAUGUGGUUCUACGGAUCAUGAUUUUGGCCUGAUGUCAUCAGAGUUCAGAGCAACUCUUUGCUAGAUUCGAAUUACUUGAAGAUGCCGUUAGUCUUUAUGAUGGACUGUGUCAGCAGGUCAGGUUUUUCUCUACCACACAACCCUGUAGCUCUAGCAAAUUUUUAGCACUUGUUUUAGGUGCCUGUUUUUAAAAAGGACUAUGAAAGAUUUUUUUAAUAUAUUUUGAAUAUUGAUGGAUGGAAAUGGCUCCUACACACUUGCUUUUACUGCAUAUUUUUCACACAGGGGUUGAUGAACUCAUUCUGAAAACUUUAACAUUUUAGUUUUGCUUCUGUAUAGUUUCUUUUCCUUUUCUUUGUGGAGUUUUUCAGCAUUUCAGUUUGUGCCACCUCUUUUUUUUUUUUUUUUUUUUCUUCUGGAAUUUGUCUGGACCAAAGUUUUGUUGGUCUGUUCUUGGUGGCUUGGUAUCCACUUUAAAGUUGCACCACACUUGAAGACUUCAAAUGACUUUUUUCUUUGGAAUCUCGGAUUGGAGACUGAGCAUCGGUGCUGCGGGCUGUCUGCGUCUACACUGCAGUGUUUAUCAAGUUUUUCAGAGCCUUAAUUCUACUGACCUUGCAACACAAACCUAUAGGUACAGGGUACUACAACACAGUGGGGUGGGCGAUGCCUUGCAGAAAUUGUUUACACUUGCCUUACCCAUGGAAACAUGGACUCUAAGCAGGGUUUGAACUUUUGGUCUAAAUCAGUGCGAACAGUUGCAUUUAUUCGUGUUUGAAUAGUUUCAGUGACACUUUACUGCACACAAUACAGUGUCCAGUUCUUUUCAUUAACAUACAUUAGUUUUAUCACAGUGCAUCUGUGUCCGUCAAUUUAUCUUGUCCUUCAUGGUGCCCAUUUGAUUUUCAGAAGGAAAACUUGUAACGUGUACAUAAGUUUAGUGAUAUGACAUGAUGGCUUUGCUGAAGGGGACUGCAUUCCAGACAGAAUAUUAUUUUAGACCAAAGUGAAAUACUGUUUGUCUAGUUGGUUUCAAAUCAGAAAUGUAAGUCUUCAUAGUUGUGUUGUUUCUUUGAUUUUUUGUUGUAUGCCUCUGUUUUAAAAGAAAGGGAUCUGUUUGUGAAUCAUUACUGCUUUAUUUUGCUAAAACUGUGCACUGGGUUAAAUGUUUUUGGUCAAUAUUGGAGAUCAAUUACUUUAAGGAGAAUGUACUUUCAGAAUAACAAUUUACAAAAAAUUUACUCACCCUCUUAUUCUCCAAGAUGUUCAUGUCUUUGUCUAAAGUUGUGAAAAAAUUGUUUUUUGAGGAAAGCAUUUCAGGAUUUUUCACCAUAUAAUGGACUCAUUGGUGUUCUGAUUUUGAACUUACAAAAUGUAGUUUAAAUACAGCUUCAAACAAAAAGGUACAGCGAUGUUCGACGAUUCUGAAGUUGUAGCAGAAAAUAUGGCAUUUUUUGGCGUACUCUACACAGACGAUGAACUAAGAUGUGAUUCGUAGUGUCGUGGACGCACAUCCCAGAGCCUGUGCUACACAAGCUUUUGUGCUUUAAAAAGUAUUAAAAAAAAAAAAGAUUAUUACAGAUCGUUUCACUAGAUAAGACCCUUCUUCCUUGGCUGGGAUCGUUUAGAGCCCUUUGAAGCUGCAUUUAAACUACAUUUCGGAAGUUCAAAAUCGGGGCACCAAUCAAGUCCAUUAUAAGGAGAAAAAUCCUGAAAUGUUUUCCUCAAACCAUAAUUCCUUCACGACUGAAGAUAGAAAGAUAUGAACAUCUUGGAUGACAAGGUGGUGAGUAAAUUAUUUGUUAAUUGUUGUUUCGGAAGUGGACUUCUUCAACUGGCUGAAGUGGUUGCGUAAUUGCAAUUUGCGUAACGCUCACAAUACAGCAACGAUUACACAAGCUGUGGAUUAUUGAGAUAAAAUAAUGUUAAAAAAAAAGAUAUUUAUAUCUUGAAUGGCAACAUUAUGAAACCUGCUUGAGGUUCUGAAUUAUGCAGAAACAUGCUUGAGGUUGCUCUUUAUUUAAAAUAAAGAUUUUUUUUUGUUUUACAAUUGA